GACGAUGUUGCGUUCCCUUUUAUACUUACUGCCAGUCGUCCGUAGAUUAAAACAAGGUGGGGUCUUGGUAUCCCAGGUAUGCAAGGUAAGGUGGGUCUCCGCUUACUAACAGACUCGUUUAGCGGCUAGCAAGCAUCCAUGGAACGCACUACCCAGUAGCCAGUCCAACGAGGAAAGCAGCUUCGUUUGCCUCGUACGUCGUCACCUAGGGAGUCGAGGCAGCUAGAUACUACGUUGUAAAACAGGUCAGGUGGAACGACGGCAGUCGGUAGGUUCGGAAAUGGCAGGUAAUCGAGUCAUUCACGCUCACCGUUGGUCACGUUGUACGUGUCGAAAGGUCCGGUUUACGCCGUGUUGCGGUAGCAUCUCUUCGUGUUUCGUUGUCCCACUCGCCCUUUUCGUAAUCGCAGCUCUUUCGCUUUGUCAGAACUGCAUCGCAGCACAGAGAUUACCGCACGGUGCCUCCGUCAGCGCGUCCAUACCCGAACCGUCACACCAGGAGCGCGCUCACUCGAUUAGCUCCCACGCUGAAGACAACCACAGGGGCCGCGAGCUCGGGUACUCAUGGCCGUUCAGUUUCUUUAGUACCUCCAGUAACGCGCAGGACGCGUCGCAGACGAGUCGCAGGAGCUAUAUUCAGCGCUGUGACUCUCGCACUGGAGUGGGGUGCACGCCGGGCGAUCACCACUACGUGAACCCGCGAUUCGGCAACAGGCUAAAGAACGCGUCGACCUCCGAAUCGGGCCUGUUCCACACAGCAGAAGCAGUCGAAGCAGGCGCUUUGGGGUCCCGAUCCGUGUCGCGCGCGCAGACGAUCGACACGCUGGUCGUCGCGUCCUACUCGGCGCGCAGCAUCAGCCAGCUGCAGGCGCUGCUCCGCGCGUGGACGGCGUCGCUACAGCUCGCACGGCAGAAGGUACCGUCCGUCGUCCCCGACUGCCGGCCACCGCUGACGGAUGCAAUUCAGCGGAGCAACGCAGUAUCGGGGCACCUUUCGCGCAGGAACUUGUACCUGGCGCGGAAAGAGGUUGCGCUGGUGGCGCGCGCCGUGGCGAUCUGCCAGAGCAAGCUGGGCGUGGCGAUCCGCGCGAAGAAGUCGACGAGCAGCGAUCGCGAGGCGUACACCGUGGGCUUUCGCGAGCUCGAGAACACGAUGAUCCGCGUCAGCGGCGGGGGCACCGUGCUGCAGAAGCAGAUCGCCGCCGACACGCGCAGCGGACGGCUCUCCGUGACGGCCGUCGGUUCGAUGUCCGAUCGGACGGUGGAUCUGUUUCCUGACUACGGCGCGAACCUGGUGCGGCAGCUGCCGGGCAGCGUGACAACGCUGACGUUCAACGGCACGCUCGGAGCGCGGAUCCACUCGGCGUUCACGUACCCGUCGGGCGUGUUCACAGCGAAGCUCAUGUGCCCAAAGGGCGACACGCGCGGCCUCGACGUCACCUUCUACCUGUCCUCGAUAGAAGGCGGCCCCGGGACGGACUCGAUACUGAUGAGCAUAUUCGGGAGCGACCGCACGCGCGUGCGGUGCAUGACGCUGGUGGACGGCGAGACGGGGCUGACGCACGAGGUGGAGGUGGGCAGCGACUGCGCCGCGGGCUACCACACCAUCAGCAUCAUGUGGUCCGGCCGCCUCAUCGUGUGGAAGUACGACGACCUGAUUCUGCGCGUGUCGUCGCGCAACAUGCUGUCGCCCUUCCCCGUCUCCACCACCAUGUACCUCUACGCGUCCGUCUACGACACUGCCAAGUAUCCCUACGCCUGGCAGGCCGGCUACCUCACCAACGCCGACGCGCCCUACCUAGUCUCUUAUAAAGACACCUCCGCAGUCGUCCCCGCGCCGUCGUACAACUUCGGCCUCCCGCUCGACCUCGCCAAUGGCGCCUCGGUCCCCGGGUCGUCGAUAGGGCGCGGGCCGCUGUGGCCCGUGGCGAUAGACUACUGCUCGGACCACGUGGUGACUCUAAAGGGGUAUCAGAGUAUCACGUUCGACGACAAGGGGUGCGGCGGGCGCUUCCACUCGACGGUGCGGCACUACUCGGGCACGUUCACGGCGUUCGUGCAGUGCCCCGCGGGGAACACGUCCGGCCUCGUGUCCGCCUUCUAUCUGUCGUCGGAGGAGGGCAACAAGGAGCAGGACGAGAUCGACUUUGAGUGGCUGGGGAAGGACAAGGGCGCCGUGCAGACCAACUUCUACGUCAACGGCAAGGGCGGCCGCGAGGUGCUCGUGCCACUGGGCUUCGACUGCUCCAAGGGCUUCCACAACUACACUCUCGUGUGGACCAACGACCGCCUGCAGUGGUUCAUCGACACCAAGAUGGUGCGCGACGUGCGGCGUGCGCAGGCGGACGCGUGGCCCGUGAAGCCCAUGUUCGCAUACGCCUCCAUGUGGAACGCGUCGAGCAUCUCCAAUGGCUGGUGGAGCGGCACGUGGAGUGGGAAGGACAUCCCCUACGUCAUCAAGUUUAAAGACAUCCGAAUAGGGAACGCGUGAUUCCGCAGUCGCGCCGAUGCCGCUGGUUACGGGCAGUUGCGGCCUGCUGGCCGCAUGAGUCGAGAGGAGUAGCCGGCUGGCGUCUUCAGUGGGGUCCAGGCUACCAAGUUUCUUCUGCGUAUAUGCCGCUGUAUACGGGUGGUUGCAUCCGUGUAUGACUGGGCAUGCAUGCCCAGGUGCAGGUGAUACCCACAUUUACAGGGCUCCGUAUCGCCUCUCUCCACCUCCAUUCUUUUGUUGGCCAUCAGAGCACCAGGCCGACAUGGACUAACAGGGGCUCUAAUGAUUCGAGACGGAGUCAUAGUGGUUUUGUAAUAAGCUCCCUCUUGCUAGGGAAAUUAUUUUUAGGUAAAUGGAUUGGCUCAAGUAACUCUAUGUGCAAGAGGACUUUUGGUCCUUAGAAAUGUAUGAUAUCUAUUAUAUCAGACGUCCUAAAAUGUUCUGGAGGAUUGUAGUGGAAGACA